GUGGGCCUGGAACUAUGCACCAAAGUCAAGUUAUUGAUCAUUAAAGUUGACUAUACGGCCUAUACAGUUACAGUAUGAACUGGUAGUUUUGAAUACUAAUAAAUCCAAAACUAUACAGUAAAAGUACACAGAUCUUUGUGGGGUGAUAGUACAUCUCUAGUAGAUCAGGGGGAAUGUGGUCUCAGCCUGGAACUAUGCACCAAAGUCAAGUUAUUAAUGAUCAAAGUUGACUGUAUUACAGUAUGACAUGGUAGUUUUGAAUACUAAUAAAUCCAAAACUAUACAGUAAAAAUAUACAGAUCUUUGUGGGGUAAUAGUACAUCUCUAGUAGAACAAGGGGAAAGUGGUCUGAGCCUGGAACUAUGCACCAAAGUUAAGUUAUUAAUUAUAAAAGUUUCACAGUAUGACAUGGUAGUUUUAAAUACUAACAAAUGCUUAAUUUUACAGUAAAAGUAUACAGAUCUUUAUUAGGCGACAGUUUUUCUAUAUAUGCAAUAGUUUGUUUCGUAUUUUUCAAUAUUUUGAACAGACCAGACGUGUCGCUAUGAAAAGAGAAAGUCGCGACGAGCGUGUUUUGUGCUCUGCUGUAAAGCGCGUAAUACGGGCGCAAGACGUUUCUGAAGCGCGGCUGGCUGAACGACGGAUGAACGAACGACGGCUCACUUGACCGCAGUGGGAAGCUUUACGUCCCAGACAAAGUUUUUCCCAGAGUAUUUUGCGCCGGUUGCCAUUUGUGCGGACUGAGCGGAUCCUCUCUCUCUCUCUCUCUCUCUCUCUCUCUCUCCUGCCAGUUGAUCCUCCAUAUCUCGUCGGCUCCGCCUAGCUCAAUCCAGACCUGAUGAUCAGCAGCCGGCGUCACAUCGACCCGCUGCACGGAACACGACGAUGGCUGCGGAUGCAGGCGGAGCCCGAGCUGUUUUCCCGACGGUGGGUUCGACUGCUGGGACCGGAUCUGAUGCGACGGCCGAUGAGCACGUCCCGGUGCCCACGAGCCUGUUUGCGACGUGGGAGGUCGAGCGGUCCUCCCCGAGCUGUGUGCCCAGGCUGUGCAGUCUGACUGUGAGGAAGCUGAUGGUUCUGAGGGACCUGGGCCGAGAGCUCGGCUCCAUCGUCAUCGCUGUGAAGAUCCAGGGCUCUAAGCGAACUCUGAGGUCCAAUGAGUACCUUGUGCCGCCUGACGGCAUGAUGGAGACAGACCUGGAGCUCAGCUUCUCGCUGCAGUAUCUUCACUUCCUGAAGCGAGAUGUGAACCGUCUGCACGUGAUGCUGCAGAGGAGGAAGACAUACAGGAACAGAACCAUCCUGGGCUACAAGACCCUCGCUGUGGGCGUCGUUGACAUGGCCGAGGUGAUGCAGCAUCCGAUGGACAGGGCCCACAUCCUCUGUCUCCAUAGCAACCGAAAGGAUGCUUGUCUGCCUGCGGCCGAGUUGAUCGUCCUUUCUCUGUCCAGUCAGCCGGUCGAACAGGAGGACGCAAGCAGUCACGGUGACAAGAAGAGCGGGGCUCCAGAUCAUUUUCCUGAUGUGGAAAAUAACUGGGAGGACGAUGACAGCUUCUCCUCCGAACAGGAAGGAAGUGAUGACACAACCCGGCCUCAGGGAGACGCCAACGUUUACGUCACUGUUCCUCGCUGUGCUCAGGGUGAGUUUGAUGACAAUGUUCGGGGAAAGACGAAGACAUCCCGCAGGACUCAGGUCCUAGCGAGUCCAAGCUGCACUUAUCUCAGACUGGAUUCAGAUCCACAGCUAAUGUCUGGAUUCUCCGUCGUCCAGCAGCCAAACUUCAAACAGAAGUUUUCAGCUCUGUUAAAAAACAGAUUCAGAGUAAGCGAUGAGGUUCUGAACUUGGACCCGGUGGACCAGGAGCCGGAGGCUGAAGAAGACCUGGACCUCCUAUACCACAGCCUGGAUAGUUACAAUCUGAGCGACAGCGGCCCCGAACUGGACGACAGCGACAGCAUCGUGAGCACGCCCAAACCUAAACUCAGGCCGUUCUUCGAAGAGACUUGUCAGUCAAGCUCUUGGACCACAAUCGAGAGCGAGAAGAAAGAACUGAGAGCAUCGGCUGCGGAGCUGAGAGACCCAGAUGAGUCCCGAGGAGAGAAGACCGGACCUGGGGACCCAGGGGUUGAGGAUGCUUCCAUGGGAACUGCAGGAAAACUCUGUAAAGUUGAGCCACAGACUAAGACAGGAAGCCAUCGCCAGCAGUGGAAGGUGUCUUUGAAGGACAGACAGAACUCCAGAGGAACAGGCAGAACCAGCAGUGUGGAAAGUGAGGCGGCGUUUCCUGCUGCACAGGUUGCCAGGAAGUGUGUGUUGGAUCAGCUGAACCAGAUCCUGUUCUGUGAUGAUCAGCUUCCUGAAUCUAUCAUCCUAAUCAACAGCACAGACUGGCAGGGACAGGUCUGCCUGUCUGCCUGCCUGCCUGCCUGCCUGCCUGUCUGUCUGCCUGUCUGUCUGUUUGCUUGCCUGCCUGUCUCCCUGCCUGCCUGCCUGCCUGUCUGUCUGCCUGUCUGUCUGUUUGCUUGCCUGCCUGUCUCCCUGCCUGCCUGCCUGCCUGCCUGCCUGCCUGCCUGUCUGUCUGUCUGUCUGCCUGCCAGCCUGUCUGUCUGCCUGUCUGUCUGUCUGUCUGUCUGCCUGCCUGCCUGCCUGUCUGUCUGCCUGUCUGUCUGUCUGUUUGCUUGCCUGCCUGUCUCCCUGCCUGCCUGCCUGCCUGCCUGUCUGUCUGUCUGUUUGUCUGUCUGUCUGCCUGCCUGUCUGUCUGUCUGUAUGCCUGCCUGUCUGUUUUUCUGUCUGUCUGUCUGUCUGUCUGUCUGUCUGUCUGUCUGUCUGUCUGUCUGCCUGUCUGUCUGCCUGUCUGCCUGCCUGUCUCCCUGUCUGUCUGCCUGUCUGCCUGUCUCCCUGUCUGUCUGCCUGUCUGUCUGCCUGCCUGCCUGUCUGUCUGUCUGUCUGUCUGUCUGUCUGUCUGUCUGUCUGUCUGUCUGUCUGUCUGUCUGUCUGUUUGCUUGCCUGCCUGUCUCCCUGCCUGCCUGUCUGCCUGCCUGCCUGCCUGCCUGCCUGCCUGCCUGCCUGUCUGUCUGUCUGCCUGUCUGUCUGUUUGCUUGCCUGCCUGUCUCCCUGCCUGCCUGCCUGCCUGCCUGCCUGCCUGCCUGUCUGUCUGUCUGUCUGUCUGUCUGUCUGCCUGUCUGUCUGUCUGUAUGCCUGCCUGUCUGUUUUUCUGUCUGUCUGUCUGUCUGUCUGUCUGUCUGUCUGUCUGUCUGUCUGCCUGUCUGUCUGCCUGCCUGCCUGUCUGCCUGCCUGUCUCCCUGUCUGUCUGCCUGUCUCCCUGUCUGUCUGCCUGUCUGUCUGCCUGCCUGUCUGUAUGCCUGCCUGUCUGUUUUUCUGUCUGGCUGUCUGCCUGCCUGCCUGCCUGUCUGUUUUUCUGUCUGUCUGUCUGUCUGCCUGCCUGUCUCCCUGUCUGUCUGCCUGUCUGCCUGUCUCCCUGUCUGUCUGCCUGUCUGUCUGCCUGCCUGUCUGUCUGUCUGUAUGUCUGCCUGUCUGUUUUUCUGUCUGUCUGUCUGCCUGCCUGCCUGUCUGUUUUUCUGUCUGUCUGUCUGUCUGUCUGUCUGUCUGUCUGUCUGUCUGUCUGUCUGCCUGCCUGCCUGUCUGUCUGUCUGUCUGCCUGUCUGUCUGUUUGCUUGCCUGCCUGUCUCCCUGCCUGUCUGCCUGUCUGCCUGCCUGCCUGCCUGCCUGCCUGCCUGUCUGUCUGUCUGUCUGUCUGCCUGUCUGUUUGCUUGCCUGCCUGUCUCCCUGCCUGCCUGCCUGCCUGCCUGCCUGCCUGCCUGCCUGCCUGUCUGUCUGUCUGUCUGUCUGUCUGUCUGUCUGUCUGUCUGUCUGUAUGCCUGCCUGUCUGUUUUUCUGUCUGUCUGUCUGCCUGUCUGUCUGCCUGCCUGCCUGUCUGCCUGCCUGUCUCCCUGUCUGUCUGCCUGUCUGCCUGUCUCCCUGUCUGUCUGCCUGUCUGUAUGCCUGCCUGUCUGUUUUUCUGUCUGUCUGUCUGCCUGUCUGUCUGCCUGCCUGCCUGUCUGCCUGCCUGUCUCCCUGUCUGUCUGCCUGCCAGCCUGUCUGUCUUCCUGUCUGUCUGUCUGUCUGCCAGCCUGUCUGUCUGCCUGUCUGUCUGUCUGCCUGCCUGCCUGUCUGUCUGCCUGUCUGCCUGUCUGCCUGUCUGUCUGUCCAUCUUACCAACGCCACUGUUUCCGUCUCUUCUCAGUACCUGUCAGAGGUUCUGUUGGACCAGCCCAUCGUCUGCACCACCUCUUCAGCCGAUGUCCAGGCCGCUUUCAACGCUAUCGUUGGCCGCAUCCAGAGAUUACUCCGCCCACAGUGAAGGUGGCAGUGGGCGGAGACCCGAGCUACCUCAGCACCGUGCUCAGCUGCUUCGUGGAGCAGCUAGCCAGCAGGACGCCCGACUGGCUGGGCUACAUCUGUUUCCUGAUCCUGCCCGUCGCAGGAGUCCACCCGCUGGCCAGGAACCUGGGCUUCCUGGACGCCAGGUUCAGCAGCCUGUUCCUGGACGCCGGCUGGAGGAAGCUGUUCGGGCACCAGGAGCCGCCUCCUCAGGGUCGGACCUCGCCGGACAGAGCCGCGUUUGACACCGUUAGAGAUACUGUAGGAGUUGCAGCCCGAGUGUCUCAGUACUUGGCUGGAGCUACUGUUUCCCACCUGUGUCCCAUCUCAGAGGCCAUGCUCACCUGCAAGAGUUGCGAAGAUGACUCCUGUCAGAAGUUUGUUCCAUUCAUUGGGACGGUGAAGGUGGGCCUUGUGGAGCAAAGCUUUGUGACCACCUCAGUGGACUCUGAUGACAUCAUCCUGGGCCCCCCGCCCUCCCAGACCGGAGCCCCCAUCAGCACAGCCUCCACUCCUCUGGCCUCACCCUCCUGCAGCUGUCCUGCGGAGGUCAUGGGUCUGCAAGUGGACUACUGGAGCGGGCAGGGAGGAGGAGGAGGAGGAGGAGCCGACCGCAGGAAGGAGGUGGUGAAGAACACUUUGAGGAGCAACGUGUGUUGCCUGCAGGUGUCGAGGAUCAGCGGAGAAGACCUGCUGAGCAUGACGGUGGUUACCAGAGAAAAGAACAAGAAAGUCAUGUUCCUCAGUAAGAAGACGAAGGAGAAGGAGACAGAGUCGAGGAGUCAUCUGAUUGAGGGAAUCAGCAGGUUGAUCUGUGCGCCCAAACACCAGCACACACUGACAGUCUCCAUCGAUGGAGUCGAGUGGAACGAUGUGAAGUUUUUCCAGCUCGCGGCUCAGUGGCCGACUCACGUCAAACACUUUCCUGUUGGGAUCUUCGGCUACAACAACAAACCCUGAACCUCCUCCUGCUCCUCCUCUCCUCUUCAUGACUCCUCCCACAUGAUGUUGCUCCUCCUCUCCACUUAAUCAAGACCAGAUUUACCUGAUGUGAUUAGACUCAUCGACUGGACACCUCGCUAUAAAAGCACCGCCACAGGAUGAAACAUGAGUCAACAGGAAACUUCUUCAUUUCAAUUCAAUUAAAUUUUCAAUUCAAUUUUAUUUAUAUAGCGCCAAAUCACAACAAAGUUAUCUCAAGGCACUUUACAAAGUAAGGUUUAAAGCCUCACACAACUAAACCCAACAAAUCCCACAUACAGCAAGCAUUUAAUUUGACAGCAACAGUGGAGAGGAAAAACUCCCUCUCUAACGAGGAAGAAACCUUCAGCAGAACCAGACUGGAUGUGGGCGGCCAUCUGCCUCGACCGGUUGGGGUGAGGGGAUAGAGAGAUAGAAAAGCACAGCAACAAGCAACAACAAGCAACAACAGAGCACAGGCAGUACGGUUGAACCAGAGAUUGGAUAGAGGCAGGAUGGUUGGAUCCGCAGCUGCCCAUCACAGACACCAAGCUUUGAGUCCAAUGACACCUGUAGGUGAGGAGAGAGAGGGGGGGAGAGAGAGAGAGAGCGGGAGAGAAGCACAACUACUGGAGAGAAAAAGGCAAGGUUAGUUAAACAUGGGACAAUGAUGGGAGGUUAUUGGACAGAAGAGGUAGAAGUAAACAGAGGAGCUCAGUUCAUAAAUGAAGUCCUCCAGCAGUCUAUGUCUAUUGCAGCUUAACUAAGAGAUGGGUCCUGUGACUAACAAUCAUUGCCAGUGACCUGAACCAUCAGUAUCUAUAAGCUUUAUCAAAAAGGAUGGUUUUAAGCAUGAUCUAAAGGUGGCGAGCGUGUCAGCUUCUCGAACCUAAAGAGGGAGCUGGUUCCACAGGAGAGGAGCUUGGUAGCUAAAAGCUCUGCCUCCCGUUCUACAUUUAAACACUCUAGGAACCACAAGUAGCCCAGCACUCUGAUAACGAAGUGUUCUGCUGGGAGCAUAAGGAACUAUGAGGUGUGGUGGAAAUUUUCCAUAAAGAGGCAGAUGAGAGAGUUGUCCUUUUGUGCGAUUUAUUAAAAUAAUAAAGAAAGGAUAAAAUAAAAAUAAUGGGGAAAGCAAAUAAAAAGCAUGGAUGUUGAUCGUGCACAUCAACAAACCAAAAACCAGCUGGGGAGAUCAGUGCACACACCACGAAGGUGUGAUGCAAAGAGCCCACGAUCCUCAAGUUGCUUCUGCCUUUUAACCUUUUUCCCUGGACCUGGUGGAAUCUCCUUAUCACACUGUGGGUGAAGAUGUUCAUAUUACACAGGGAAUAAACAAGGCUACAGCCUUGGGUCUGGUGAGGCAUCAGACAGAAAGGAGCCAGAGCCCAGGGUUAAAAGGCAGACUCAGGCCAUGAACAAUCGGUCACCUUGAGAGGGAGAUAGAUUGUCUGUCUGAGAAUGUUCAGUUCUGGGUCUAAUCAACAAGUACAGAAUGCAUGGUCACUAUGCAGAGUCAGAAAUGAACCCAAAAGCAUUAAAGUACAAUUUUUCCAUUACAGAGGUCUUUAAGAUAAGAAGGAGCUUUAUCAUUGAGUACUUUGUAGGUGAGUAGGAGAAUUUUAAAUUCUAUCCUACAUUUUACAGGCAACCAGUGCAGAGAAGCUAAUGUAGGAGAAAUGUGAUCUCUCUUUCUAAGUCCUGUCAGAACUCUGGCUGCAGCAUUUUGAAUGAGCUGUAGGCUUUUUAAGGAGCUGUUAGGACAUCCUAUGAGUAAGGAGUUACAGUAGUCCAGCCUAGAGGUAACAAAUGCAUGAAUCAGUUUCUCUGCAUCGCUCUGAGAGAGGAUGCUUCUGAUUUUAGCUAUAUUUCUAACAUGAAAGUAGGCGGUUCUGGAGAUUUGUUAAAUGUAUGAUGUAAAAGAGAGAUCCUGGUCAAAGAUGACACCAAGGUUCCUCACAGUAGAAUCUGAAGCUAAUGUUAUGCCAUCCAGGGUGGCUAUCUGACUCAAUAGUGUCUCUCUGUGAGUUUUAGGCCCAAUAACAAGAAUUUGGGUUUUAUCUGAAUUUAGUUGAAGGAAGUUUUGGGACAUCCAGGAUUUGAUGUCUUUUUAAUAACUUUGAAGUUGACUAGUUGAUCUCUCUCAUUUGGUUCCAAAGACAUAUAUAGAUGAGUAUCAUCUGCAUAACAAUGAAAAUUUAUAGAAUGCUUCCUAAUAAUCUCACCUAGAGAAGACUGGACCAAGCACAGAACCCUGUGGUACGCCAUAGCUAAUCCUUGUUCAUGUGGAGAAUUUCUCAUUUGCAUGAACAAACUGGAAUCUGUUCUUACAGGCAUGUUCAAUCAAUAGGUAAAUACAUACCAUAAAUAAAUACAAAACAAAACCCAAAUGAAUGAAUACAUAAAUCUUUAGCAAAUUAUUAAAUGAGGAGAAAACAUAAAUAUACAUCCUUGUCCACUGCUGGUUAGGGAGCAGCAAAACCAACCUCCACCUGUGGGGGCGAUAACAAGGGGUUUAGUGUAUUGACAGAAAAAGAAGUAGAAGAAGCAGUUGACAAGGGUAUAAUAAAAAAACUCAAACAAAAAGACACAUUUUUUGUAAUCUAUAAGAAAGUACACUGACCGCGUGUCAUUUUACAGACAAGAAGGUGCAUAUACAAGUCUUCUCUAGGUGAGAUUAUUAGGAAGCAUUCUAUAAAUUUUCAUUGUUUCAGGCUUUUGAAAUGUUUGUGUUUGUCAAAAUUGAGGUAAAAGUUUAGUGAAGUGAUGUUUAUUGUUUUUUAACGGAAAAGAGUCAAGGAGCAUGCAUCCAAUGACAUCUGUUGAACUCACUCUGAUCAUAAAAGCCCAGUUCGGUAUGCCACCCCACGAUUUGAAUUGGCCACCCCAUUGACAGUUUUCUGGGGAUGCCACUGCGCGUCCACUUUCAUGUCGGACCACUUUAAUUUUUUUAUUCCCUGCAGCAUUAACACCUGCACACGGUCCCGCUCAGCUACUGCGCAGAUGCAGACUUUGUUUAAAUGAAUUAACAGAUUUAUAUGGAGGAGUCUGCUGCUCAUUCACCUGCGCUUAAUUCUAGGUUGAUUGGUAACUAGGAAACUAGGAAACAUGCGUGGAUUCGUACUUAGUAGAGAUUGAUACAUCCGGAAUUUUUUUAAAUUUGAACUCUCACACAAGCUGUUUGAUUCCAUGAGACUCAGUUUAACCUAAAGUGAGCCACAGACUUUUUCAUGUUUCUGAAUCGAUCUAUUCGCUGCCACACACAGUGGCAGUUUAAGCUGAGUGCCCAGUGGUCCUCAGCUCCAGUCACAGCUGGUUACCUGAGUCUGGCUGGGUCAGAACCUCGGUAGGCCACAUGACUGAGCAGCUUUGGACCAAUCAGAGACAAGAGGAGAGACGACAUCACUCGCUGCUCUUUAAUACACAAAGCAAGGACACUGCAUUCACCAGUCACACAACGAAACAGGUCCUCACUGCGGUGGCUCAGGCCCGGCUCAGCAGAGUCUGUGGAGUCCAAACUCUUCUGUUCCUAAAUAAAUUCAGUGCACAAAACUA